AUAACGCGCCCACGUGACCCUGCCUGCGCGUUCAGCCGAGUGCACCCGGGAUCGGCCGACGCCCUCUUCCCCGCGUGAACUGCGGGUGCGCCCGCCGAUUGCACGAUCGCGCUCCUCCCGCCGGCCCCCUCUGCUCGCCCAACAUGUCCGCGGAGCCGGUAAAUGCGUGCGUCCACCGCCAAGGCCCAAAACAUCCCGAGUUUCGCUCGCGUGCACGAGACGGUGUGUGAAAUUUUCUGUUCUUCAUUUGUGACGCUUCGAAGGACGCGACCACACUGGUCAUCCGCCGAGAUCGGUCGAGGCGCCAUAUUCAAUUGAUUGACCCACACCCACCUUGUCAUAUACGGGGACACCUUCGUAAUGUGUCUGGUGAGCAUCAGCUGUGUAUUGCACACAGUUCUCUCAGCAUUCUAUGCAACGCGGGCAGACAACAAGAGGCGCGCGCUCACCGUUCCACUCAUCACCGCAGUUUCAUUGAUCGCAGGUCGAGAAGCCGACAGGUCGGAUGUCGAAGCCACGGGGUUCAGUGUACGCCCGAGGCGCUCAGGCCACUGGUAUCUACCCCCAUCUCAAUGCCGCAGAAUGCUAUAUACCUUGGAAUUAUCAGUGAGGUGUGUUCAAAACGCAGACCGUGCCAAUUGUCCUCUUACCGCAUGGUUCCAGACUGGAGGAGCUGGGGUUUCCCUCCGAAUCUGUCGUGUACAUAGUGUUGAGAAUGUAGACGAGCGCCGGCGCUGGAGAAGUCCAUCUGGGUAAGCGAGCACAGACAUCGCCUCGAGUCCCUCGACAGCGUUCAUAUAUAACACGGUUCAUGUCGCACUAUGGGUCGUGAUUGACUCAGUCGACCCUGCAGCAAGCUGAGUGAGUCAGACGUAGAUAAACCAGACGC